AUGAUUGUGCUCCUCCUUGUGCCCAUGCUGCUGGUCGGCUAUGCCGGGGGCCAUGCUCUGGACACCCCACAUCUCCCACUGAAGUUGCCUCCAGGACUCUCCAAAAAUAUCAAUAUUACCAUCUUCAAUGGGGUGUUUAAAAAUGUGGAAACUGUGGCUGAAAUUUUUGACUGCCUGGGCUCCCACUUCACCUGGCUGCAGGCUGUGUUCACCAACUUCCCUCUGCUGCUCCAAUUCGUGAAUGGGCUGCGGUGCGUGGCGGACCUCUGUCCUCGAGACUUGGAGGACUACGGCUGUGCCUGCCGAUUUGAGAUGGAAGGGCUGCCACUCGAUGAGUCUGACAGCUGCUGUUUCCAGCACCGCAGGUGCUAUGAGGAGGCCGCAGAAAUGGACUGUCUCCAGGACCCCGCCAAGCUCAGUGCAGAGGUCGAUUGCAUCAGCAAGAAGAUCACAUGUGAAUCCAGGGACCCUUGUGAGCAGCAGCUGUGUGCCUGCGACAAGGCGGCCAUUGAGUGCUUGGCUCGCUCUGGCAUCAACUCUUCCCUCAAUCUUCUGGACAUCUCCUCGUGCCUAGUGCAGACGCCAGCUCAGCAAUUCCCAGCCAUGGUUUUGACGCCAUUGGUUGAUCUGGCCACCAUUGCUAGUGGGACCUCUCUUUCUCCAGAGGUUCCUGCAAAGCCCACGGACAUCAGCCUGGCGGUCAUUUCAGGAGAAGGUCAGGUGCCUCCCUCAUCUGCCCUGAUUGGUGUGGUGGAACUGCUGGAGCACUAUGGGUGGUUAGGCUUGGGCCCCUCACAGGUUUGUCAUGAAGCCGGUUGGUUUAUUUUCACAGUCACUGGUGACACCAGAGCUGACAGACGGACCACGCUCUCCAGGACAAGAUCUGCAGAGAUUAUUGCUACAGCUAAACAUAUCACCCUUGUCCCAACUGGCGUAAAAUCUUCAGGGCUGGUGGUGUCAUCCACUGACAGUGGUCCUGAGGAGGCAACUAGGAAAGCCUGUGACAGGCUCAGCUUCCUGCACACAGGGGGCGAGGACAGCAGGGAGGCCAUGCAGCAGCUUGGAGAGAUGCUCUUUUGUCUGACGUCCCGCUGCCCAGAGGAAUUCGAGUCCUAUGGCUGUUACUGUGGGCACGCAGGAAGAGGAGAGCCCAGGGACACCCUGGACAGGUGCUGUUUGUCCCAUCGCUGCUGCCUAGAGCAGAUGAGGAGGCUGGGCUGCCUACGCGAGAGGCAUCCUGGAUUGGAGACGAUGUGUGUGGACCACAGACCCAAGUGUGUAGGACAGAGCCUCUGUGAGAAGCUGCUUUGUGCCUGUGACCAGACAGCUGCUGAGUGCAUGGCCUCGGCCUCCUUUAAUCAAAGCCUCAAAUCACCAGGCAGACAAGAGUGCCAGGGCGCCCAGAUGGCAUGUGAGGAUGGAUUGACACUGGGAGGGCACUCAGCCUCGUCUACGGGCUCCAGCUCUGAGGAGAACAGCGAAGAGGCUCCACCCCACACAGGGGGCCUUAGAAGAAGCAGAAGGUUUCUGGGGAAGAUGCUUGGUCCCCUGGAAUCCAGGCUACUCACUGGGAGAUAG